UAUUGAUCGUCGUACAGUAAUGGGUGGGAAACCGUUGAAGAGUCUUCUCUGUUGUUAUCAUCCGAAAGCUAAAAAUAUAAGAAAUGAGCUACGAUCAAUAUCUGGUUAUCAUAAUCAAACUUACAUCAAACAAAUCAAUUCUAAGCAAAAUGCUGAUUUAUCGGAAACGGAUAAAAAGAUAGCAACGAUCAAUGAAAAAUGCACUUAUAAACGGAAUGAGAGUCCACAACCAGUCGAAAUUACGAAUUUAAAACUAAACGGUGCCAAGGACGUGUCGUCGGAACAUUACAGCACGAUGCUAAAAGAUAAUGCCUCCGAUGAGGAUGUCGAUUUGGGAAGGCCUUGUCUAUCGCUGAACUGCAAAUGCAACGGUUUCAAGCCACAUCCUUGGAGGAAAGUUUGUGUCCACUGCAAGUGCGAUCGUACUGACCACGAAGCGGAUUCACGUGAUCGCAACGUCAUUACCUCUAAACGUGUCGGAUUCUCGUUAUCACCAAAAAUGUCAUCAAUUGCAGUAGCGCAAGCUGCUGGCCAUACUGGUGCGCCUGGUUCCAUAAGUCAUGGUUAUUCGUGGGUACCACCAGGACUCACUCGUCUUAAGGUGGAAGAAUAUAUGGCUCAGCUACCAAAUCAUGUGGUUCCGCGAGUGAAUAGUAAUGGUGAGAAGUUUCGUGAAAAGCAACUCAUGUUACAGUUACCGCGACAAGAUCUAUCGGCGGCAUAUUGCAAGCAUCUUUCGAACAAUAUUGAAAGGAAGCUUUAUGAAGAAUUUAUCAAUGCAAGAAAUGAAAUCGCCUUGGAUAUUGGCUUCGUUUGUCCAGUCAUUCCAAAACAAAUGGAAUGUAAGAAAUGCCGUGGAGUGUUGGAAAGGAACGAAAUGGCUGUAAUAGCUCCAAAACUAGGUGAGAGCACCGGUUGGCAUCCGGCUUGCUUCACGUGUGCUACGUGUGAGCAGCUUCUGAUCGAUUUGACGUACUGCGUAAAAGACGGUAUUAUCUAUUGCGAAAGACAUUACGCUGAGCUUCAUAAACCACGUUGUAACGCCUGUGAUGAGUUAAUAUUUGCUGGUGAAUAUACUAAGGCCAUGAAUAAGGACUGGCACAGUGAUCAUUUUUGCUGCUGGCAAUGUGACAACACUCUCACCGGUCAACGGUACAUUCUUCGAGACGAGCAUCCGUACUGCAUCAAGUGCUAUGAAGACAUCUUCGCCAAUGCUUGUGACGAAUGCGCCAAACCAAUUGGUAUCGAUUCGAAGGACCUGUCAUACAGAGAUAAACAUUGGCACGAGGAUUGUUUCCUAUGUAAUAUGUGUAAAAUCUCACUAGUUGAUAAGCCAUUUGGUAGUAAAAAUGAUCGAAUUUUCUGCUCCAAUUGUUAUGAUCAAGCAUUUGCAACACGUUGUGAUGGUUGUGGUGAAAUAUUUCGGGCUGGCAUGAAAAAGAUGGAAUACAAAGGUAAGCAAUGGCAUGAUAAAUGUUUUUGUUGCGCACUAUGCAAAACACCGAUUGGCACUAAAAGUUUUAUACCUAAAAGCGAUGAAGUUUAUUGUGCAUCUUGCUAUGAGGAGAAAUUCGCAACGAGGUGUUGUAAAUGUAGAAAGGUAAUAAGUACCGGUGGUGUAACAUACAAAAAUGAGCCAUGGCAUCGGGAAUGUUUCUGCUGUACAAAUUGUAAUACAUCGUUAGCUGGUCAAAGAUUCACGUCAAAGGACGAGAAACCAUACUGUGCUAAUUGUUAUGGUGAAUUAUUCGCUAAACGAUGCAAUGCUUGCGUUAAACCAAUUACAGGAAUUGGAGGUGCCAAAUUUAUUUCAUUCGAGGAUCGACACUGGCAUAACGAUUGUUUUAUUUGUGCUCAGUGUUCAACGUCAUUAGUUGGAAAAGGCUUCAUAACAGAUGCUGCCGACAUCCUUUGCCCAGAAUGUGCUAAAGCCAGGUUGAUGGCCGCCAACUCAUGAUUGAUGCUAAUCGAUACGCUGUUUUCUCUUGAUUACAGUAAUAAAUCACAUUUGUAUACUUCAACCGUUUUGUCUUUUCUACUUUUCCCAAUUUAAAUUCUUUUAGAUCAGAUUAGACCACAAGUCGUGCACUGAUUGCUUUUAACUACUGUUUAGAG